GAAAGAAGAGUGUUACAUUUGUGAAAACGUCAGACAUGAAAAGACGUGUAGCCAUUAUUGGUGCCGGUUGUAGUGGUCUAACGGCAAUUAAAGCUUGUCUGGAGGAACAUUUACAACCUGUCUGCUUUGAGCGUGAAGAUGAUGUUGGAGGACUGUGGAAAUACAACGAUGAGCCCAAGAUUGGAAAGGGGAGCGUGUUCAAAAGUACUGUUAUCAAUGUUAGUAAAGAAAUGAUGGCGUUUAGUGAUUUCCCGCCACCAAGACAUCACGCUACAUUUGCUCCCCAUCGUCAAGUCUUGGAUUACUUCAAGUUGUAUGCAGAAAACUUUGGACUGUCAGAGUUUAUUAGAUUUAACACAAGCGUUGAGAAAGUUGAACAGGCAGACGACUAUGAAGAGACUGGGCGAUGGACAGUGAUAUAUCGAAAUGAGACAACUGAUGACGUCAAAACAGAAAUAUUUGACGGCGUAAUGGUAUGUACCGGACAUCAUACAUUCCCUCACAUGCCAAUAUUUUAUGGGAAAAGACAAUUCAGAGGAAGAAUAAUGCAUUCACAUAGUUACAGAGACAGCACAGAAUUUGCAGACAAAAAAGUUCUUGUAGUUGGUUUGGGAAAUUCGGGAGUUGAUAUAGCUGUAGAUCUGUGUAAACAUGCAAAGCAGGUAUAUUUAAGUUCAAGAAGAGGUGCAUGGGUUAUAAGCAGAAAAUUUCUAUGUGGCAUUCCAGCUGAUGCAUUUGCCAACACCAGAUUAUUAUUUUCCUUGCCUAAAUCUUUCCUGAAGUGGGCAUUCCAAUUCUUUGCCAAUUUACAUUUUAACCAUGGAUUAUAUGGAUUAAAACCACAACACAGAGGUCUUGAAACGCACCCUACAAUCAGCGAUGACCUUCCAGUAAGAAUGUUAUCAGGACAGGUGAUCCUUAAACCAAACGUCCAGCAUUUCACAGAAACUGGUGUUAUUCUAGACAACAAUGAAUGUAUUGAAGUUGAUGAUGUUAUCUUUGCAACAGGGUAUGAUUUUAAGUUUCCGUUUCUCGAUGAUCAAGUGAUAUCAGUGGACAAUAACAAAGUCUAUCUGUACAAGUAUAUGUUCCCGCCCCACCUUCCUUACCCUACACUGGCAUUCAUUGGACUGGUCCAGGUUGUUGGUGCUGUCAUGCCAGUCUCAGAAAUGCAAUGUCGUUGGUUUACAAGACUCUUAAAAGGUGAGAAUACAUUACCGUUCCGAGAAAUAAUGGAGGAAGACAUAGAACAGAAGAGAAAACGUUUCCGCUAUAUAAAAACACAACGACAUACAAUACAGUCAUUUUAUAUUGAAUAUAUGGAUGAGCUUGCAAAGGAAAUUGGCGCGAAACCAAACUUGUUCCGAAUGAUUUUCAAAGACCCCAUCUUGGCUUUCCACUGUUUGUGCAGUCCCUGUAUUCCUGCCCAGUACAGACUUGUUGGUCCUUGUAAAUGGGAUGGAGCUAAGGAAUGCAUCAAAACAGCAUGGCAACGGAGCUUAUCUCCCUUGUCAGAAACGUCAUUUCCCUGGAACAGAAGUGACGCCAAGAAAAGUUCGACCGACGACAAAAAGUGGUUGACUGACGACAUAUCCACUUCCGCUGUAGUCACAGUGCUCGUCUUUAUUGUAGUUUACAUGUACUUUUUCACCUAGAACUCACUUGGGUAGUUGUAACUUUUCAAUAUGGAUGUUAUUUGUUGAGUAUAUCGUUUUACUCACUGUAUGUACGAGUCGUUAAACUGAAAAUGCAUUUGCUUUGUAAAUGCAAAGUUUAAGUCAUAUAGUGCAUAUAUAUUUAAAUCUGUCAACUUGAUAAAUACACAUGUCAUAUCAGGUAUUGGAAAUCGAAUUUUCACAAAAUAAAAGCUUAAAAAGAUAACUGUAGGUUUAUGAGAGGAUCUGUUUUUGACAUUUUAACAAAGUGUUAUCUUAUUGAAUACUAGAUAUGUCUUUGGUUUAUUGACUAUUGAUUUUCUGUGUAGAAUGGUUACUCUUUAAAUGCACGGGAAAACGACGAAAGUAUGAGUUUAAUGCAAUCACACAUUGAUUGGGAUAUAGUAGGUUUUUUUUAUAAUUUGGAAGCGGUUUUAAUGU